CCCAUGUCCAUGUUGAGAAAAUAUCCUUAGUCUACUUAUUGCCUUCAUGACUUGAAUACCUAAAACCUCACUUCAUAUUUCAGCACCACUGGUUCACUUUUGUUAAGAGUUUGUUGCCAAUUCACUUAGGAGGAGUAAUGAUUUGACUUCUGUUACCGUCCUGCUGACUUUCUGAGAGGGAGGUUAAGGGAAAAUGUCUGGCAAUGCAGAAUGUUUUGGAAUUAUCAGGGAACUAUGAUCAACACAUCAGAAACUAGAAGUAAAAGAUUGUUUCCACUGUUUCAAAGAGAACAUUGUUUUCAUCAUGAAUGCUAAUAAAGAUGAGAGACCAAAGUCCAAAAGCUACUAUUUUUACCUUUUUCAUGCCUUGAUGAUGCUAAGCAUGACCAUGCUGUUUCUUCCGGUCAUUGGAACUUCUAAGCAAAAUAUUCCACGGCUCAAGCUAACCUACAAAGACUUGCUGCUUUCAAAUAGCUGUAUUCCCUUUUUGGGUUCAUCAGAAGGACUGGAUUUCCAAACAAUUCUAUUAGAUGAGGAGAGGGGCAGGCUGCUGCUGGGAGCCAAGGACCACAUCUUCCUGCUCAGUCUGGUUGACUUAAACAAAAAUUUUAAGAAGAUUUAUUGGCCUGCUGCAAAGGAACGGGUGGAAUUAUGUAAAUUAGCUGGGAAAGAUGCCAAUACAGAAUGUGCAAAUUUCAUUCGAGUACUUCAACCCUAUAACAAAACUCACAUUUAUGUGUGUGGAACUGGAGCAUUUCAUCCAAUAUGUGGAUAUAUUGAUCUUGGAGUCUACAAAGAGGAAGUUAUGUUCAAACUAGACACACACAAUUUGGAGUCGGGCAGACUGAAGUGUCCUUUUGAUCCUCAACAGCCUUUUGCUUCAGUAAUGACAGAUGAGUACCUCUACUCUGGAACAGCUUCUGAUUUCCUUGGCAAAGAUACCGCAUUCACGCGGUCCCUCGGGCCUAUUCAAGACCACCAUUACAUCAGAACUGACAUUUCAGAGCACUACUGGCUCAAUGGAGCCAAAUUUAUUGGAACUUUCCCCAUACCAGACACCUAUAAUCCAGAUGAUGAUAAAAUAUAUUUCUUCUUUCGUGAAUCAUCUCAAGAAGGCAGUACUUCCGAUAAGACGAUCCUUUCUCGGGUUGGAAGAGUUUGUAAGAAUGAUGUAGGAGGACAACGCAGCCUGAUAAACAAGUGGACGACUUUUCUUAAGGCCAGAUUGAUUUGCUCAAUUCCUGGAAGUGAUGGGGCAGAUACUCAUUUUGAUGAGCUUCAAGAUAUUUACUUACUCCCCACAAGAGAUGAAAGAAAUCCCGUAGUAUAUGGAGUCUUUACCACAACCAGCUCCAUCUUCAAAGGCUCUGCCGUUUGUGUGUACAGCAUGGCUGACAUCCGAGCAGUUUUUAAUGGCCCCUAUGCUCAUAAGGAAAGUGCAGACCAUCGCUGGGUGCAGUAUGAAGGAAGAAUCCCUUAUCCCCGACCUGGCACCUGUCCAAGCAAGACCUAUGACCCGCUGAUCAAGUCCACCCGAGAUUUUCCAGACGACGUGGUCAGUUUCAUCAAGCGGCACCCUGUGAUGUAUAAGUCAGUGUAUCCCGUGGCCGGAGGGCCAACAUUCAAGCGAAUCAACGUGGACUACAGGCUGACGCAGAUCGUGGUGGAUCAUGUGGUCGCAGAAGACGGACAGUAUGAUGUCAUGUUCCUGGGAACAGACAUUGGAACGGUCCUAAAAGUUGUCAGCAUUUCAAAGGAGAAGUGGAAUAUGGAAGAAGUAGUCCUGGAGGAGUUGCAGAUAUUCAAGCACUCAUCAAUCAUCUUGAACAUGGAGUUGUCUUUGAAGCAGCAACAAUUGUACAUUGGUUCCCGAGAUGGAUUGGCUCAGCUCUCAUUGCACAGAUGUGACACUUACGGGAAAGCUUGUGCGGACUGUUGUCUUGCCAGAGACCCCUACUGCGCCUGGGAUGGAGCUGCAUGCUCUCGAUACACACCCACUUCAAAAAGACGAGCUAGACGCCAAGAUGUCAAGUAUGGCGACCCAAUCACCCAGUGCUGGGACAUAGAAGACAGCAUUACUCAUGAAGCUGCUGAUGAAAAGGUGAUUUUUGGCAUUGAAUUUAAUUCAACCUUUCUGGAAUGUAUACCUAAAUCCCAACAAGCAUCUAUUAAGUGGUAUAUCCAGCGAUCAGGAGAGGAACACCGAGAGGAGUUGAAACCCGAUGAAAGGAUCAUCAAAACAGAAUAUGGGCUACUGAUUCGAAGUUUGCAGAAGAAGGACUCUGGGAUGUAUUACUGCAAGGCACAGGAGCACACUUUCAUCCACACCAUAGUGAAGCUGACUUUGAAUGUCAUUGAGAAUGAACAGAUGGAAAAUACCCAGAGGGCAGAGCACGAGGAGGGGCAGGUCAAGGAUCUGUUGGCUGAGUCACGGUUGAGAUACAAAGACUACAUCCAAAUCCUUAGCAGCCCAAACUUCAGCCUCGACCAGUACUGCGAACAGAUGUGGCACAGGGAGAAGCGGAGACAGCGAAACAAGGGCGUCCCAAAGUGGAAGCACAUGCAGGAAAUGAAGAAGAAACGCAACCGAAGACAUCAUGGAGAUAAGCUUCCUAGAGCGGUGGCCACGUAGUUUUCUAUUUAAAGAAAAGAGUUCUUUACCUGCAAAAUACUGUCUUCUGUUUGUACAUCCUUUAUACUAACUCAUAAGAGUUUUCCAUGGAGUUUUGCUAAGGCAUGGGAAAAGUAAUCAGUAACUCUGUGUAUGGUGACUAUGGCAUAAGAAGGGCAAGUAAGUCAUCUGAACCAGUUUUCCAAGAACUAAACUUGUACCCGCAGUGUAUAAGAAUUAUCCUCAGAAUAGGGACUUUGCAUUUGUAAAUGUCUUAUGUUCUGAAUUUUUGACUUUAUGAUGUCAUGUAAAUAAGUGAGCUAAGCAAACAUCUCAUUUGAUAAUGUACUAAGGUGCUUUGUUUCCCUCGCAUGGCCAUUAAGCAAGGAGUUUACCAUGCUAUUGUGCCAUAUGUUCUUAUGAACAGAUAAAUCAUUUCACUCUAGAACUGGCUACCUUGUGGUAGGAAUUGGAGAGAAGACACAAAUUCAGACCACUCAUAUACCAUCAGGAACUUUCCCGGUGAGCCAUUCACUCUUGGUGCAUGGUUUAGGAAUUUGGAGAGGUGCAGUAUUUUUUUUCAGACCACAGGGGUCAUUUAGUGUACUACAGCAUUGAUUUACUGAAGGCUAUAAAUGUUCCUCCCGGGAUUCCUUAUGACUUACCAGGAGAAACAGGUUCACAGAGAGAAGUGGGUGCUCAGUUAUGUGUUUUUAGAUGGUAUGCCGAGCUUUACAAGGACAGAAUGCUUAAUAAAUAUUUAAGCAAGAUAUGGGAAAACAUUUAAAUAAAAGAAGGGAAACCUAAUGAUGUAUACUGCAUCCUAAUGGGAAGGCAUGCAGAUGGGAUUUGUUAAGAGACAGAAGGAAAGACAGCUAUAAAUUCUGGCUUUGGGGAAAACUCAUAGCCCCAUAAAAAGGAAGAACAGUCACAAAUAAAGUGGGUGAAAUGUAACGUAGCUUUAUUCACCAGAGUAUAAGUAGCUGCCAAUUUAUAAUACAUCUGUUAAAAAAAUCCUAGAUUAUAUAAAAAAACACUGCUUGCAAAAGUCUGAGGAAAAGUAAAUUUUCUAAAGGAUCAUGGGAAGAAUGAACAUGAAUUUAUUUACAACCAAGGGGAUGUCAGUAUUUUUCCUAAAAAUUCAUCAUACUCUAUAAAUUAUUUUCAUUUACUGCCUUUAUUCGCUUGGAUAUUGGAUUAUGGGAUUUUAUUUGAGUGAAUAGAAGAAAACAAUAUAUACAUACAUAGAGAUAGAAUUAGGUAGACAAAGGUGGUGGGAAGCGGGGAGAUAUAUUGUUAAGUAACAGAACGAAUGCAAAAAUUUGACAACGGAAAGGGUUAAGUUAACUCUUUGACAUCUUUUUUUCCACACAGUCUUUUUGCAUUUCUGAGAUUAUGUGCUGUAAUUCAAGUAGCAUUCUUUUAGUAAUUUAAUAAUAAAUAAGCCUACUGCAUGUAAAGAAAACAAGCUCACAACAAACCUUUUUCGUAUUUUGUUAGCACUUUCAAAUAUUUCCAGUUUGACUUUACUUCUGAACAUGCAUGGUAUAUUUUCUGCCCAUUUGAGCAGGACUCACCUUUCCUUCUUAACCACCAAACCCUUAGCCUUCUUCUGUUUUGCCUUUUCAUGCCCUUUUUAGUGUGAAAUGAAAAAUUAGUCACUUCCUCACAUGGAAGGCAGCUUUUCAGAAAACUAAAUAGCAGGCAUUGCUGGUUUCUCAUGCAUUCUACGUGUCUUGGAAGAAAAGCCUGUGAGAACCUGUGUGAUUAGAGAGCAGCUCUUUCAGUGUUCAGCAUCAUGUCUAUGUCUGACUUGAUGUUCAAACCUUUCUAUCUUACAUUCAUUUUAUUCACACCCCUUACUUAUCUCAAAGUACUCCCACUGAUAGAUGAGCUUAAGUACCCCUUUUGAUAGGAAACUCAUAAAUAUUUGUAGAUGUUUCUGUAUAAGAAAAACGUAAGGAUUUAAAACUUAGGUUUUAAAAAAAGCAAACCAGAACAAAUCACUCUUUUAAUAAUGCAGAAGAAUAGUUGUAGGAUCAGACAGCUAAUUAGAUACCAUAGCAAGAGUGUUUAUAAGUGUUGAUUUGCUGGGUUAAAAUGUUUCAGGAACUCAUAGCAAGCUCAGAGUAAGUAAGUGGGAGUAUGUUUUAUUUUUUAAAGAUUUCCACAUAUUUGUAUGUCAGACAGUAAUGAUCAAAUUAUGGAUGGCUUUGAGAAAAUUACAAGAAGCUCAAAUUCUAAGAUUGACUAGUGAAAAUAAAUUUGUUUUUCAUCUAAAUAUGAAUGUCCAAGACAUUUUUAAAUUAGUUCUUUUUUUCAUAGUUAUUCAGACAAAUUUGGGAAACCUAUUUUAAUUUACAGCUAAUAUUCUGGCUGCUUUGGAUCUAAAACUAUUGAUUUAUGAUAAUUACUUAAAAUAUUGUUGCUAAAAUAGAAUGUCAUAUAAUUAAAAAAACAUAUGGACAAAGAUUUAUGUGUAUUUAUAAAGAUAGAAGACAUCUAAGCUACAUUUAAUUUCUUAACCAUUUCAUUGCCUAGAACACUUGAAGAACAGUGUGAAUAUGUUCAAUGUAAGACAAGACACAAUAUAUAUACUUCCUCCCACUGAAGGUUUUACCAAAUUCUCUUUGAAAUUAUGAAAAAUAAAAUUAUGUUAAUACUUUCAAGUACAUUUAAUUAGAAAUUAGCUCUUUAUGAAGAUGUCUUCAAAUGUCUAUGUUUGUACUUGGAUUCAUAUUUUCUUCCCAUUUUGAAUACAUAUGUCUUUGACUCUCCUAUUUUUGCCUGCAUUUCAUUCCAGCUAUUUAUGCUGCUACAUAGAAUCCUGCCUGUCUGCACUCAUUUUACAUUCAGUUUAUUAGGAAUUUAAAAAGUUUGUUUAGAAAUGGAUUGUUGAGUAAUUAAUUUAUGUAAAACCCUCCCCCUACCAAAAAGCUCAAAAUAUUACAUUCACAUUGUUCAAUAAACACUUUUGAAAACCAACCAAAUUAUUUAAGAGAAGGAAAAAAUAGCCAUAAAGAAAUUUAGAAAUUUGCAAAGGCCACACAGUAGUAGAACUAUAAUGGACACACAAUCUCAUCAACCUGUUGACUAAAUAAUGCUUAUUUAAUAUAUGCUGCCUGCAAAAUGGUCUUAGUCUUGAAUUUUGCCUUAGGCCUAUAUUUUGGUUCUUCAUAUGCUAUCAAGUUUGUUCCUGCUGGAUUGUACGGUCUAAACUAAAAAAAAGUAGUUAACAGUCGUCACUGCCUCCUUUUGAACGUUAUCAAAAUUAAAAUUUAAGGAUAAUUUCAUAUCAUCUAGAUGUCAAAAAAAUAUUAAAUUGAACAAAAACAUUCAUUUAACACUAACAUUUUAAAUAAAUAUAUAUUUCAUAAAUGUAAUUAAUACAAAUGGAAUUAAAACCUGAAAUAGCUUCUGUUUAGAAAGUUACUUUUCUCUUUGACAAUAUGUUGGGAUUGAUUCACCUUGUUGGGAAUGGAUAGUUUAGAAAAAAAUAUUUAAAAUUUUUUAUAGAAAGAUAUGUUUUCUCGCAGAAGAAGACCACAAUAUUUAAAUAAAUUAACUUACAUGUGAGGCUAAAAAAUAAGAUCUAAAAUUCCAAGAUGCUACCCAUUGACAGUGCAAAGGCAGGAACAUAGACAUGACUUUUACCUCUCAUUUAAAUAUUUUGUAGUAUAAAGUAUUUAUGGUAAGUUUACAAUAGAUGAUUUUUUGGGGAAAAGGGCAGGAAUCUGUCAGUUAAUUGUAUAAUUUAAUUCUGGUAUUGUAAGUGCUUAGCAGUCAAUUUUGAAUUCAUAGUUUUGCUAUUUUAAGAGAAAUGUAGUCUUGUAAUCUAAAAUAAUUGAAAUUUGUUAAAUGUAUAUUUUGGUUGUAUUAUAAUAAAACACAAACAUUAGUAUUCUAUGGUGAUCAACA